AUGUCUCUGCCGACGGGUGUGGAUGUAUCUCAGUUGGUUCAACAUCCGGUGCUGGCAGCUCUGCCGCCGUUCUUCCUUAGAGCCUCCGAGAGAUACCAGAGGACGCCCAAGUGUGCCCGGUGUCGGAACCACGGCGUUGUGUCAGCCCUCAAAGGACACAAGAGGUACUGCCGCUGGCGGGACUGUGUCUGUGCUAAAUGUACACUCAUAGCUGAGAGACAGCGGGUCAUGGCUGCACAGGUCGCUCUCCGUCGCCAGCAGGCGCAGGAGGAGAACGAGGCUCGUGAGUUAAACAUGCUGUACUCACAGCCGACCUCGCAACACUUCAACGACAUACAGGAGGACGCGCCCGUCUUAUCUCAAGAUGUAGUCUACGUGUGUUAUAUUCUCACCACAAUCUUCUCCCCGCCGCCAGCCCUGUCCGUGUUCAGUUAA